AUGGAUUAUAGAGGUAGGGAGGCACCUCAUAUGAACUACAGAAACAGGGAUGCUCACGCUGUUGACUUCAGAGGUAGGGGUGCUCCUCCAUCUGACUUCAGGGGACGGGGCACUUAUGAUUUAGAUUUUAGAGGCCAGGAUGGAUCCCAUGCAGAUUUUAGGGGAAGGGAUUUAUCAGAUUUGGAUUUCAGGGCCAGAGAACAGUCCCGUUCUGAUUUUAGGAAUAGAGAUGUAUCUGAUUUGGACUUCAGGGACAAAGAUGGAACACAAGUAGACUUUAGAGGCCGAGGUUCAGGUACUGCUGAUCUAGACUUUAGGGACAGGGAUACACCACAUUCAGAUUUCAGAGGUAGACACCAGUCUAGGACUGAUCAGGAUUUUAGGGGCAGAGAGAUGGGACCUUGUAUGGAAUUUAAAGAUAGGGAGAUGCCCCCUGUGGAUCCAAAUAUUUUGGAUUACAUUCAGCCCUCUACACAAGAUAGAGAACAUUCUGGUAUGAAUGUGAACAGGAGAGAAGAAUCCACACAUGACCAUACGAUAGAAAGGUCUGCUUUUGGCAUUCAGAAGGGAGAAUUUGAGCAUUCAGAAACAAGAGAAGCAGAAACACAAGGUGUAGCCUUUGAACAUGAGUCUCCAGCUGACUUUCAGAACAGUCAAAGUCCAGUUCAAGACCAAGAUAAGUCACAGCUUUCUGGAGGUGAACAGCAGAAUUCAGAUGCUGAUCUGUUUAAAGAAGAAGGCGGUCUGGACUUUCUUGGGCGGCAAGACACCGAUUACAGAAGCAUGGAGUACCGUGAUGUGGAUCAUAGGUUGCCAGGAAGCCAGAUGUUUGGCUUUGGCCAGAGCAAGUCUUUUCCAGAGAGCAGAACUGCCCGAGAUGCCCAACGGGACCUUCAGGAUCAAGAUUAUAGGACCGGCCCGAGAGAGGAGAAACCCAGCAGGCUUAUUCAAUUAAGUGGGGUGCCUGAAAAUGCCACAAAAGAAGAGAUUCUUAAUGCUUUUCGGACUCCUGAUGGUAUGCCUGUAAAGAACUUGCAGUUGAAGGAGUAUAACACAGGUUACGACUAUGGCUAUGUCUGCAUGGAGUUUUCACUCUUGGAAUAUGCCAUCAGAUGCAUGGAGGCCAACCAGGGAACU